AGCACCGAAAGAAGAAGAUGGCAUUGACCAGAAACCACCACCCCUCUCUCUCCAGUCUUCCCCUCUCUCCUCCUCUCUCCAAAACCCUAACCCCCAAGACCCCCAACGCACUCUCUCUCCCCCCGCCCCGCUCUCUCCGAACUCCCUGUCUCUCUGUCACCGGUUCCUUCGCCGUCCCCGCCCCCGCCCCCGCCCCAGUCGCCGGUGGCGGCCCGGCCUCCCCCGCCACCUACCCUCCGGGCCAGUUCCGGGUAGACGUCCUCUCCGAGUCCCUCCCCUUCAUCCAGAAGUUCCGAGGCAAGACCAUCGUCGUCAAGUACGGCGGCGCCGCCAUGAAGUCCGAAGCCCUCCGCGCCUCCGUCGUCAACGACCUCGUCCUCCUCGCCUGCGUCGGCCUCCGCCCCGUCCUUGUCCACGGCGGCGGCCCCGAGAUCAACUCCUGGCUCGGCCGCCUCGGAGUCGAGCCCGUCUUCCGCGACGGCCUCCGCGUCACCGACGCCUCCACUAUGGAGAUCGUCUCCAUGGUCCUCGUCGGGAAGGUGAAUAAGCACCUCGUCUCGCUCAUCAACAGGGCAGGCGCCACCGCCGUCGGGCUCUCUGGCAUGGACGGCUGCCUCCUCACUGCCCGCCCCGCCCCAAAUGCCGUCCAAUUGGGGUUCGUCGGGGAGGUGGCCUCCGUUGACCCCACCGUGCUACGACCCCUCACGGACAGUGGCCACAUACCCGUGAUUGCAUCCGUGGCCGCCGACAAGGAAGGGCAGCCAUAUAACAUCAAUGCUGACACUGUGGCAGGUGAGUUGGCGGCUGCAUUGGGUGCAGAGAAGCUGAUUCUAUUGACGGAUGUUGCGGGGAUUCUUCGGGACCGGAACGAUCCUGGUAGCUUGGUGAAGGAGAUUGAUAUAAAGGGGGUGAAGAAGAUGAUAGGUGAAGGUUUGGUUGCGGGAGGGAUGAUUCCCAAGGUCAAUUGCUGCGUGAGGUCCUUGGCGCAGGGCGUGAGGACGACGAGUAUAAUUGAUGGACGGGUCCCGCAUUCAUUGCUCCUCGAGAUCAUGACGGAUGAAGGAGCUGGAACCAUGAUCACCGGCUAAAAGACGUGAAGAUGACGGUUAUCUUCAGGCUCGGAUGAAUUGCAAUUGAUUUAUCAUGGGAGGCAAAUCAGUUUGGUGUCAUGCAUCCUGUGGAUUGAUUUUUGUGGGUCUUUUUCUCUAGAGUUGGUUAAUAAGUGGAGGAGCAAUCUUAGACUGCAUCUUGUUAGCAUCGGCUGUCAUAGAAGAAAGCCAAAAUGUUGAGGUGGUGGAGCUAAAAAAGUAUAUGCUUCUACAUUCGCCUUUCUCCAGAUAAUCAUCAAAACCCUUUCUAUUUUUAUUUUUUAGGGACUUGAGAGUUUUGGCAUUGUAGAGAACAGAGGUGGAAUGAAUAUGAUCAUGCAUCAUUCACUCUGAUUUCCUUGCUACCUUACAUGAUCUCGUGGAGGUGAUGGUCACUUGGACUUGAAUGCACUUUGGACUUC